AUGGUUUCGCGUUUGUCUUACUUUCCGCUGGUUUUGGAGAAAGCGUUGAAACAUUUGUUGCGAGAGAAGCGCGAGACCGGCGACCUCUGGCUCGAGAGCGACGGCACGCCUUUGAAGUGGCACUACCCGGUGGGCGUGCUGUUCGACCUGUUGGGCGCGUGCAUCCCCUGGACGGUCACCAUCCACUUCCGCCACUUCCCCGAACACCAAUUGGUGCGCUGUCAGUCGCGCGCCGCCGUGGAAUCCCACCUGAUCCACGCGCUGAAGGAGAGCGACGCUCUGCGCAACCGCUCGCAAGUGAUGUCGUCGCUGCAGAAGAAGGACCACAACCAGCUGUGGCUCGGCGUCUGCAACGACAAGUUCGACCAGUUCUGGGCC